CCAUGUAAACUGUUUGCAUUUCCUAUCUCGUGUCGUGUAAAAGUAUUUUUAAGUCAGCUGAAAUUGUAAAAUAAGUAAAGUGGAAACAGAAGAAAACAGAAAAAGAAAAAAAAAACAAUUGAUAUUAAACGUAAUUUGGCAAAACAAAACAGUUGCACAAUGUUGGACAGUGAUUCUGAGCUGCAAACUGAUUCACGCUCCAGCUCCAGCCAGGAGUUGAAAUCUUAUGCGGAGGGCGGCGAUAUGUGCAAACACACAGCAGGCAAACAGCAGAUGGUCGAGAUGCCAUUUAAGCAUCCAUUGGAGAACACAUGGACUUUGUGGUAUCUGGAGAAUGAUCGCAACAAGAGCUGGGAGGAGAUGCAGAACGAGAUAACCAGCUUUGAUAUGGUCGAGGAUUUCUGGAGUCUGUACAAUCACAUCAAGCCGCCAUCCGAGCUGAAAAUUGGCAGUGAUUACUCGCUCUUCAAGAAGGGCAUACAGCCCAUGUGGGAGGAUGAGAUCAACAAGUAUGGCGGUCGUUGGGUCAUCAGUAUUGGUCGUUGCAGUAAGCUGGAACUGGACAAGCUCUGGCUCGAUGUGCUGUUAAUACUGAUUGGUGAGGCUGUGCAGCAUACUGAGGAAAUCUGUGGAGCUGUCAUCAACUUGCGCAGCAAGAGCAACAAAAUUUCGAUUUGGACUGCCAAUGGACACAACGAGCUAGCCGUCAUGGAGAUUGGGCACAAGCUGCGCAAGCUUUUGUGUUUGCCGCCCCACAAUCUGCAGUAUCAGAUGCACAAGGAUUCGAUGAUCAAGCAAGGAUCGGUGGUGAAAGCGGUUUACCUGCUGUAGUCUUACGUCUUUAAUUUGUUUUGUUAAGCAAAAAGGCAGCAGCUGCCUUAGCUUGUGUAUUCCAAAAACCUAAAAAAAAAACU